AUGUCUAACGAAGGAGUAGCAUCAGCUGGUUCUCAUCCACCUCUCGUAUCACCUCUUCGUCGUUUAUCAAUCUGUCGACAGCUAUCUGACGUUUUAAAAUAUCGUCGAAAAUCCUAUUGUUCGAAUAGUAGCGAUCAUUUGCCAUACAUACCCUCGCCAUCGCCUACAUCAACAACAACAACAAAUUCAGCUUCAUCAACAUUUACAUUUGUUUGGAAUUGCGCUCUCACUGAAGUGGAUUCUCCACCUGGAUCGUCAUCGAAUGAAGACCUACAUAUUCUGCCAGUUCAACAUCAAUUACGAACAAGAAAAAAUGGCCUCUCUGAUGAUCCAAAUGUCAUCAACACAAAGGAAAUUACUGGGUCAAUGGUUGCGGCUUGUUUGCUUAAGCAAAAAAGCGUCAGCUGUGACGAUGUUGCAUUUUUAUCUUCAAGCGGAGAUGAACAGACAAUCUGCGUCAAUGGACCAUCAUCGACUACAUCUGCCGCGAUAUCCUAUCAAUCGAAACAAAAUGACAAGGAACACGGUUUAUCAUCAUGCUCUGGUCUGACUAAUCGAUCAUUAGCAAAGACUUCAGCUGGCAAAGAACGAAAUGACAAACGAAAUUCAACAGGUUCAGCAAUUCUGAUUGCCACUUCAAAGUCCACUUCGACAGCAAACAAACGUUUAUCAAGUCAAUGUAUGGUGCCAGAGAGCGACGAAAGCAUCGUCACGAGCAACAAUUCUAAUUACAAUCAAGAAUUCAAGCCAAUAAAUCCACAACAACAUGUCAAAUCCAACAAAACAAUCCGCUCUGGUCUUUUCACAGGCAGCAUUUUUACCCGAUAUGUUUAUAUAGGAAAUAAGACGAAGAAAAAUAGCGAACUAUCGUUUCCUUAUUAUCCAUUACAUUAG